UAAUAAUAGCUAAGUAAUUUAAGUUAAGCUCAACAAUGGUACAAUUAGAAUUAAGCAAAAUGUUAGCUGUCUCUGUAGAUGAAAUGAACGAACAGGAUCUGGAACAGUUGUAUGAUGAAAUCACUGUAACCGAGUGCGAUCAACUGGAUUUCGAGUUGGAUCGUCGACAAUGUGAAAACAUGUUUAUCAUUUUUCGACGAAUGUUAAUGUAUAAAGGAGAACAAGUUGAUUCAUUGAUGACCGAAAUCGAAGAUUUGGCCACUAAACAAGGAGAAGAAGAAGCAAGGAGAUUGAAAAAAGAGGAAGAAACAAGAACUAUUAAAGUGGAUAAUUUAUCUCAAAAUGACCAAACCGAAGUAAUCCGCAAGGAGUUGACUAGACUCGAAUUAGAAAAUGAACGUUUAUCAUCGGAUGUUCUGCAACAAAAACAAGAAGUUGAUUUUAAAGUCAAAGAACUGGAUAAGAUAUCCGCACAGUUAUCUAAAGUCGAAAAUGAAAGAGAUUUUCUUCGUCGAGAACUUGAUGCAGUGCAAGAUGAUAUUUCUGGACGUCAAUUAGAUUAUCAACCUAUUGAAGACAACUUGUCAAUGGCUGAAAGGUUUAGAGAUUUAACAGAAUCUGUUAGACAAAAGAACCAACAUAUCACACAAUUACUUAAUGACAUCGAGUUAUAUUGUUAA